GUUCACCUGGACGGGCUAAAGGAAACGCAGAAGGAGUCCUGAUGGAACUAAAUGCAUCAAAAUUAGAAGGAUUCCAAGGCGAGAUUCAGACGCAUACUCUAGUGCGUGAAGAAUUAGAUUUGGCUGCACUGCGGGAACAGGAGACUGCAAUUCAACAACUGGAGGAGGAUAUUAAGAACGUGAACGAGAUUUUCAAGGACCUGGCAUACAUGGUGCACGACCAAGGGGAGAUGGUGGACGACAUUGAGGAGCACUUUGAGAAUGUCCAUCUCAGCAUCGAACUGGGCACCGAAGAAAUUAAAAAGGCAAAGGCCUACCAGGCAAGACAGAAGAAGCGCAAAAUCGUAUUGUUCACAUCAUGCGGCAUUGCCCUUGGACUCAUCGUCUACUUCUACUCCCGAAAAUAG